AACUGCCAAGUUGCUUUAGUUUCUAUUCCUCUGUUAGGUCCUCCCCAGUGCAGAGGACGGUCUGGCCAGUGUUCAAAGCAGCGGUGACCACAGAGGCAGUGAAGAGAUGGCCUUCAUCGGUGCCCAGCCUCCUUACCUGAACCCAAUCGUCCCCUUCACUGGGACAAUCCAAGGGGGUCUUCAGGAUGGACUUCAGAUUACUGUCAGUGGGACUACUUUUUACUCCGGUGGAACCAGGUUUGCUGUGAACUUUCAGACUGGCCACAGUGACAAUGACAUCGCCUUCCACUUCAACCCACGGUUUGAAGAGGGUGGGUAUGUGGUCUGCAACACCAAGCAGAAGGGAAGCUGGGGGCCUGAGGAGAGGAAGAUGCAAAUGCCCUUCCAGAGGGGGAGCCCGUUUGAGCUCCUCUUCCUGGUGCAGAGCUCGGAGUUCAAGGUGACGGUGAACGGGAACUUCUUUGUGCAGUAUGCACACCGCGUGCCCUUCCACCACGUCAACACCAUCUCCGUCACGGGAGCCGUGCAGCUGUUCUAUGUCAGCUUCCAGUCUCCAGGGAUCUGGCCAGCCACUGCGGCUCCCAUGACUCAAAGGUUCGUCCACACUGUGCAGAGCACCCCUGGACAGAUGUUCCCUCAGAAUCCCAUGAUCCCACCUAUGGCGUAUCCCAACCCAGCCUAUCCGAUGCCGUUCUUCACCUCCAUCCCGGGGGGGCUGUACCCCUCCAAGAGCAUCAUCGUGUCGGGCAUCAUCCUGCCCUGUGCUCAGAGGUUCUACAUCAACCUGCGCUCCGGGAGCAACAUCGCUUUCCACCUGAACCCCCGCUUUGAUGAGAAUGCCGUGGUCCGCAACACACAGAUCAACAGCUCUUGGGGGUCUGAGGAGCGAAGCCUGACCCGACAGAUGCCCUUCUUCCGGGGCCAGAACUUCUCGGUGUGGAUCAUGUGUGAAAGCCAUGGCCUCAGGGUGGCCGUGGAUGGUCAGCACCUUUUUGAAUACUACCACCGCCUGAAGAACCUGCCCGCCAUCAACAGCCUGGAGGUGGGCGGCGACAUCCAGCUGACCCACGUGCAGACAUAGGUGAUCCCUGGGCCUGGGGAUGAGGGCUGGGUCGUGUUACUGCCUAGACCUCCUCAUCACCCCUAACCUGCCCAGCCCCGGCCCCGGCCCCUCCCAGCCUGCUGAGGACGUGGGGCUUUGCUGGCGAGACCACGGCCCCAUCUGGCUCUGCUCUGGUGGCAGUCAGCCUGGAGCAGAGAGGGCAGCUGGCUAGGACUGCCUUCCUCAGUGGGGGCAGCACCCAGAUCCUAAAGGGGAGGAGUGGUCCAUGCAGGUGGGCCCCAAGUUCAGUCCCCUCAGCAGAAAGGGAGGGGCCUGGCCUUCCCCAGCCCCCAGCCUAGGCCUGUGCCUCACCUGCCUCUCAACCACAUCACCAACCCCCAUUCAAGUCCACCCAGCUCCAAGUCACCAGCUGUCACUCCACGUGGCAGGGAGUAUCCUUGGCCCCUCCCCUUUCUCCAACCUUUGACCUCUUCUUAUACUCUCUGGAAAAGCUACCCUGAUGACACCCCACUGACAGGAGUCUUCUCAGCAGAGGGUUCUCCCCUUUCCCCGUGUCCUUCAAAUAAAGAAAAAUGCUUGUCGGCAC